AUGGCUGCGGAUCUCGGAGCUGUUGCCCAGCUCCUGGAGGCGAGCUUGGACCCAAGGCAGAAUAAACAAGCUGAGCUUGCUCUCCGUCAGGAGGAACAGAAGCCAGGCUUUUCUCUCCAGCUCCUCCAGAUCACAGCAUCCACUUCCCACCCCUACAACACUCGCCUCGCCAGCGCUUUAUGUUUCAAGAACUUUAUUAAGCGGAACUGGACCGAUGAAGAUGGGAACUACAAGCUUCAGGUGGACGAGGUUGCGACCAUUAAACGGGAACUGAUCAGCCUGAUGGUCACUGUUCCGGCCGGCAUCCAAUCUCAGCUGGGAGAAGCUGUUAGUGUGAUCGCGGAUAGCGAUUUCUGGGAGCGAUGGGAUACACUGGUGGAUGAUCUUGUCUCAAGACUUCAGCCGACUAACCCCGCCACCAACAUCGGAGUACUCCAAGUCGCACAUUCUAUUUUCAAAAGAUGGAGGCCUCUGUUCCAGUCGAAUGAGCUUUAUACAGAGAUUAACCAUGUCCUGAACAAAUUCGGAACACCAUUUUUGGCUCUUUUCGAGGGACUGGACUCCUUCCUGGAACAAAACAAAUCCAACAAAGAAAACCUUGUUCAAGGGUUUACACAAUUCAACUUGAUGAUCAAGUUACUCUACGACCUCUCUUGCCAUGAUCUUCCUCCUAUGUUUGAGGAAAACCUUUCAGGGAUAGCUUCACUGUUGCUCAAGUAUCUGACCUACGACAACCCGCUGCUUCAUACCGAUGACGAUACUGAAGCUGGUCAAUUGGAAUUCGUGCGGGCUGGUAUCUUCGAGGUUCUGACACUCUAUGUGCAGAAGUACAUGGAUGUGUUCAGUCCUCAUGUGACACAAUUUGUGCAGAGCUCCUGGAGCUUCCUGACUACCAUUGGCCAGGAAACAAAAUAUGACAUCUUGGUCAGCAAAGCCCUUCAGUUCCUGACAUCGAUUGCUGGCAUGCCGGAGCACGCGUCUGUUUUCCAAGCCGAGGAGACUCUCGGCGAGAUCGUGGAGAAAGUCGUCCUACCUAACGUUAGUCUGCGUGAGUCAGAUGAGGAAUUAUUUGAAGACGAACCCAUUGAAUUUAUUCGACGGGAUCUUGAGGGAUCGGACAGUGAGACUAGGCGGCGUGCUGCCACCGACUUCUUGAGGCGGCUGGCAGAGCGAUUCGAAGGGCCAGUCACCACGGUGGUCCUUAGAUAUACCGACCAUUACCUUGCCGAAUACGCAAAGAACCCUGCAUCCAACUGGAAACCCAAAGACACCGCUGUCUAUCUCUUCAGUGCGAUUGCCGCAAAGGGUGUCCCGACCGCAAGUCACGGUGUCACCGCCACUAACCCUCUUGUCAGCAUCACCGAUUUCUUCCAGAAGAACCUUGCUGCGGAUCUCGUCUCCGAUGACGGAGUUCACCCUAUCCUCAAGGUGGAUGCUAUCAAGUACCUUUACCUCUUCCGCAGCAUUAUCACAAAAGAGCAGUGGCAAGAAGUGCUUCCAUUGCUAGUCAAGCACCUCGGCUCUCCUAACUUUGUUGUCUACACUUAUGCUGCCAUCGCUGUUGAGCGAGUGCUCUACCUCACAGACAGCCAAGGUCAACCCGUUAUUGCUCCCAGCACUAUCACCCCCUUGGCAAAGGAUUUGCUGCAGCAUAUCUUUUCGCUGAUUCAGAAAGAUGCUGCCCCCGAGAAGGUGCAGGAGAACGAGUUCCUGAUGAGAUGUGCCAUGCGGGUCCUGAUUGUCAUCAAAGACGGCGUGGUCCCUUACACGGACAUGGUGCUUCAGCACUUAAUCAAAAUCACAGAAGUGAUCAGCAGCAACCCGAGCAAUCCACGGUUCUAUUAUUUCCACUUUGAAGCUCUGGGCGCAUUCAUUAGAUUUGCCGCACCGACCAAUUCUGAGAAGCUCGAGCAAGCCCUCUACCCCCCAUUUGCAACCAUCCUCCAGAACGAUGUUCAAGAAUUUAUGCCAUAUGUCUUCCAACUCUUUGCAGCUCUCCUGGAGGCCAAUCCCUCGGGGUCUCUACCCAAUUACUACCAGAACCUGAUUGCUCCCAUCCUUAUGCCUGUCAUGUGGGAGUCAAAGGGCAACAUCCCCGCACUCGUUCGCCUUCUGUCCUCCAUUAUUCCUCGUGGCUCUCAGUUCAUCCUGGAAAACGAGCAGCUUGUUCCCAUUCUGGGCAUUUUCCAAAAGCUGCUCUCCACCAAAGCGAACGAGGGAUAUGGAUUUGAUCUACUGGAGAGCGUCGUUGCCAACUUCCCCUCGUCGGCACUGGAACAAUACUUUGUUUCUAUCAUGCAGGUGAUCCUCACCCGACUGCAGAAUUCCAAGACGGAGCACCUCACCAUGAGAUUUGUCCGCUUUUAUCACUUCAUCUGCGCCCAUGACGACAAAGGCUACAGUGCCGACUACUUCAUCCAGGUUACAGAUAAGGUGCAACCAGAUCUUUUCACACCUAUCUAUCUGAACAUCAUCCUGCCCGAAACACAAAAACUUGCCCGUCCGUUGGACCGGAAGACGGCCGUACUGUCGCUCACCAAGACGCUGGCAAACUCGGAAGCCUUUGCCAACCGUUAUAAGAAGGGAUGGGCUUUCACAUGCGAGGCUUUGCUCAAGUUGUUGGAACUUCCUCCCCUCCCCGCCAGCAAGGACGAUGUCAUCAGCGAGCAAGACGUUGAGGACAUGGCGUUUGGAGUGGGCUUCACAGCGCUCAACACCGUGCGGCCGCAAACUCGGGACCCGUGGCCGGAGACGGGUGCCGACCUCAAGGUGUGGGUCGGCAAAUAUCUGAAGGAGGCUGACAAGAAGCACAACGGACGGAUCUCUGCUUGCGUCCAGGAGCGCUUAGGAGCCGAGGCUAAGGCUGUUUUGAGCAGCUACAUCGCCUAA